AUGGAAACAGAUGAUAAUAAUUCUGAUAUUCGACACUUAUUAUUAACAUAUUGGCCUCACAUAUUUCAAUCGUCUUCAAAUGAUCUUUUGAUUAGUUUAAUUUCUCAACCAGGAAGUGUUAAUACAAACUGGCGAAUAUGUUUACCAUCUACUACCACCAGCUAUGUUCUUAAACGAUUAAAACAUGAACAAAAUCCUCAAUAUGAACUUAAUUAUUUGAUUGAUUUUCAAAAAUAUCUUGACACAUCAUUUCAAGUACCACAGCCAGUUCCUUUAUCAUCAUCACAAGCAAUAUUUAUUGAAUAUAAUAAUCAUUUUUAUUGGUUAUAUGAACAUAUUAAUGGUAUAAUUCAUAAGACUGAUUUUAAUGAAAAACAAUUGUUAUCACUAGCCACUUGUUUAUCAAAAUAUCAUCGUUUUUUAAUCACCCAUGAUCCACCUCUUCACAAAACAGAACAAUCACAUAGACGACAAGAAUUAUUAGAUGAAUUAGUAACAUCAGUGAAAAUGAUAACAUCAGAAAAACAACAACAAUCUGAAACACUAGAAAUUGAUUUAGUUGAAGACUAUAUUUUCGACUGUUAUCCUCAGUUAUCAAAAUUAAUUAAAGAAUCAUUAAGAAAACAUCAAACAGUAACUACAACAAAUAGAUCAUAUCCAAUACAUCGUGAUAUACGUCCAGGCAAUGUUGUUUGGAAUGAUAAUAAUAACGUUGUUGGUUUAUUAGAUUUUGAAAAUGUAGAUGCAAAUGUAUGUAAUACAUUAUGGAGUGAUUUAGCAAUAUGUUUAUUAACAUUUUGUUGUUCUGAUGAUGAUCAAUCACAAUCAGAUAUGAUUAAAAUUCAAAUAUUAUUAGAUGAAUAUUUAAAACAAGUUUUUAAUGGUCUAUCAAUUCCUACAUCCACAAAACAUGAAUUUAUUAAUUUAAUAUUAGAUGAAAUGAUUCUGUGUUCAAUUGAAGAUUAUUUAUUUUUAUAUUGGCAGUAUAGAAAUGAAAGAGAAAAAUUUCAAGGUUUAAAUGAAAUGAAAUUAUAUUAUAAACGUAGUAUAUGGCAUUAUGAGAAUAAAUCAAAAUUUUAUUAA